UUCUCACAACUAGUUUAAGUUUACAUAAUAACAUACGAGUUUAAUAAUCCAAGUUCUCAAAAUCAAAGCACACAAAUGUUAUAAAGGAUAGAAGGAAAACUACAUCAAUUCAUCGGUUUCUAUAAUCUCCCAUCAUCAAAAGUUGUCAUCCUUUUUCAUAUUAUGAAAACUCAGCCAUUGAUUUGAGAAAGUUAGAUCGAUGUAGGAUCCAAGAUGGAAACGAAGAGAAACCCCAUUUCAUUUAGCUUAUACAAAUUCGGAAAACAAAGAACCAAAGCUCCAAUAAAAAAAAGUAUGAAAAAGCAAGGAAUGGAUCAGAACAUUGGCUUGAAUAUCUCCAUAGGAGAUACAUUUCGGACAGUAUAAUCAAUUUAGAUCAUCUAGGAAAAGUAUCAUCACAUCCACAACGAAACACAACUACUCAAAUUGAUCCAAAAUUUAGAAAUCAUCAAAAAGGGGGUUGGAGUGAAAACCAUCAUAAACCUAAAAAAGAUUCCACAGAAGCAACAUUGAAGCUGUUUUACGGUCUGCAACUCCGCAUCAUGGUUAGGGCACGAUUUGGCCGCCCGCAUCACCUGGUGGAGCAACAUUGAAGCUGCUGUACGAUCUGUACAAUCCGACAUUGGUGAAGUGGUGACGGGCUAGGACAAGGAAGAGAAGGAAACUAACCUGUUGUGGCACCGAUGAGUUGCGAUAGGCAAAGACGAGUGCGACGGGUGCUGCCGCGUUGGAGGCUUGGAGGAGCUAUCGAGUGCGACGACUAGAGCUUUGCUGACAAACUGGCGGCGACGGUUGUGGAGCCUUGUAUCAGCUUCGAAUUCUUCACUGGAGUUUGGAAGGCCUGCAUCGCGAUGGCGGCGACAUGCAAUGAUAAGUGCAGAGGGCGGGGCCUACCUCGUUGGAGUGCAUGAGAUAGGCGACGAACGAUUAGGGAUUGUGGAAGAUCUCAGGCCAAUAUCCACCCCAUUCCCUUUUUUUUUUGUCCGAAGUGAUUGAAACGACGCCCUUUUGGUUUGGUGGAGACAGUUUUCUCCUUUGCUUGGAAUCGGGUAAAAUCGAUGUGAAAACACGUUUUAUCCUAUUUCAACGAUUUUAACGAUUCUACUAACGCUUUUGACAGAUUUUGAGUGAAAACCGAUUUUAUUAGUGAUUUGAAACGUUUUCCUACCCUAGAAACGUAAAAUCGUACAUUUUUACGGUUUAAAGCGCGAUUUUGACUACACUGGUCUCGCCUAGAGGAUUGAGGAAGGAGAUGAAGAAGACAGAAUUUGAUUCGAAUCGGAUGUAGAGGUCUUCUUAAUUUGUGUUUAUGUAUUAACGGUGCGUUUAGGACUAAUUCUAGUUGGAUUGGGUCUGAUCAUUGAUUUUUGCAGGCUUUUAAAUAACAUUCAAAAGUGGGCUUGUACAUGAUCCAUGCAAUAUUCAAGUGGGCAUGGACUGUGCGAGCCCAUUUCAUUUCUCCUGCCGUAUCAAUUCGUGCGCCAACCCUAGUUUAACUAGCAUGACUUACCCUAGUUUAACCUACAUGAGUUACCAUUAUCAUUACAUAUCUUCCGUAAUCUUCUAACUCUUGACAUCCCAGACUCAACCGUCUCCAUCACACUCACGUCUCCAGACUCAACCCCCACGAUCACUUUUUCUUACACCUACAUUCUCUCUCUCCUCCAUCUUCACCUUCCCCUUGUUCCUUCUUCCUCCAGACUCCAUGGCAAAGAAAAGUAGAUCAUUUGCGGAAAUGGGGAUACUAUCUCUAUCAAACGAAGAUUGUCGAUCCACUGCCAGUCUCGGUGACUAUCUUUCAUUUACAAGCAAAACUGCCAUUGUCGCCGAGUACGAGUUCAUCCACCUAAGUCCUUUCCCUACAGAAGUGAAGACGUUAAUAAAAAAUCUUGGCUGGGAAAAUUUCUUUGUUCUCCGGAGUCGAGGAAGCACAAGUUACUGCCCCCAUGUGGUGAGGAAGUUUUACCACAAUCUACAGCUUUCUGGUCCCUGUGAUUCUCAUCUGGUGUCAAUCUUCCUCGGACAUAGAGUCUGCUUUCAGCCUCAUCAAUUUGCUGAGAUCCUUGAUCUUCCUGCUGAAGGACACCCCAUUGAUAGCAUAAGUGAUCUUGGGCGGCUAUAUGAUUUUGAGUUUGAAGUUGAACUGGCGAAACUCACGAAGGGGCACAUCUAGGCUUCUUUCCUCCUAGAUCCUCUUCGAUUCCUCCACCAGUUGAUUGUCAACUGCUUCCUUCCAAGAUACCGUGGUCAUUCCAUUAUUCGUAAACUUGACUUGUUUAUCCUUGUGCAAGCUCAAAGAGGUGUUCCUGUUAACCUCGCAUCUCUAAUGUGCUUGAACAUGGUCGAAGCUGCUCCCAAAGGGAAAAACUGGUAUACUGCCUUUCCCUAUGCCACCUUCGUCACCACCUUUCUUGAAAGGGUUGGGAUGGAUCUGAGCGUUUAUGUUAAGGAGGACCAGUGCGCUUAUUUGCCAGUGUACCGUAUAGCCGAAUUGACCAAUACUUUUAUUGAGAAUCGGCAUACGGAGCAUCAAGAGACCCCUGAGGCCUCCUCAAGCAAACGUCCUCGGCUUACAUGAGAGUCGAUUGAUGCAGGGCGGGGUGGAGCGUUGGAGCAGCUAAGGGGCCAGCAAUGGAUGUCUUCUGUUAACAAGUUUACUAAGUCGUUGUUGGGUUUUUUUUUCCAGUCUUUUGUAUUUUCCUUUAUUCUCCGGCACUCAAAACUGUCAGGUACUGAGGGGAGCCAGUACAUCAUCUGAAUAAGAAAGUCUCCUAUUUUGAUUUCUGAAAUGUCCAUACCUGGAUUUUUCUAUGCAUGUAGUAUUUUUUGAAUUUGCCAUGGCUAGGAUCCCUAAGACAGGUGACGAGAUACAGUAAUGGUCAUCUCCAAUGGUGCAAUUUUUGUGACUUGCAAGAUGAUGUGGCAAGGAGGUGCAAUUGCAUCUUUAAAUUGCUACGAUGUGAGAAGCUAUUGCAAGGGUGCAAAUUUGCAUAAUGUGCAAUUCUUCUUGCAAUUCAAAUGGACCCGCUGGUGGGCUCUUUUUUACUCUUUUUUAAAGAAUUUAGAUGAUGGAGAUGAUAUAUAAAUUGUUUAGUAGUGGUAAAUUAAUAUGUUGAUCCCACUCAUUGAAAUUGCAUUUGGAUUUCAUUGUUGUAGAGAGGAUGAAGUUGAGAAGUGGUGUUUUCUCAAAAUUAUAGAAGUGGAAGUAGGGACUACCUAUGAAAUUGCAAAUGAAUUUCAUUGGGGGAGAUUUUAAUCCGCUUUUGUUCUAAGCAGUUCCAAUUAGGUCGAAGAAUGUGUUACUUAUUUCAUCUUCAAUUUUUAAUGGUUUUCGAAAAUUAUGGUUUUAUUUAUAUUUGGUCACAAGUAUAGUGAUGAUGAUAGGCGUGAAUAGUAUGGAUUUUAAAUGGCUUGAUUAUAAUAAUUUUUUAUCUAUGGUGAUUUUUUUCCCUUUUUCAUCAAGACUCAUGCUUCUUUUAUUCCCCUGGUGAAUCUAUCAUGCCUCGUUUAUAGUAAAAUACCCUUUUAAUUAUACACAAUAAAGAAUCCAUUAAUUA